AUAGUAGGAGAGCCCUCAAGACGUACGAUAGAGUAAGAAAAUGGAUCAAAAUUUGUAUCGCAAGUGCUUGGUUAUUAUAUCGAUGAUGGCCAUGAUCGGAACAUCAAUGGCUGCUUAUGCCGGAACUCCAUGGCGUAGGGCCUCAGCCACUUUUUACGGUGACGAUACCGCCAGCGCAACUAUGGGUGGGGCUUGUGGUUACGGUAAUAUGUGGGACAGCGGCUACGGCGUAGCCACAACUGCGCUUAGCACGGUGCUGUUCAACGACGGUUACGCUUGUGGUCAAUGUUUUCAGAUAAGGUGUGUAUCGUCACCUAACUGCUACUACGGUUCACCAGCUACCGUGGUGACUGCGACCAACAUAUGUCCACCAAACUAUGGCCAAGAUUCAAACAAUGGUGGAUGGUGUAAUCCGCCACGUGCCCAUUUUGAUUUGACUAAACCAGCUUUCAUGAAGAUCGCUAAUUGGAAGGCUGGAAUCAUCCCCGUCUCAUACCGCAGAGUGGCAUGUAAGAAGAGCGGAGGAAUAAGGUUCAAAUUUGAAGGAAAUGGGUAUUGGCUACUUGUGUACGUGAUGAACGUAGGUGGAGCAGGUGACAUAAAGACCAUGGCCGUGAAAGGUAGCCGAACAGGAUGGAUCAACAUGAGCCAUAAUUGGGGAGCUUCGUACCAAGCUUUCUCUUCUCUAUAUGGUCAGUCUCUCUCCUUCCGAGUCACCUCUUACACCACUCGUCAGACCGUUUACGCUUGGAACGCUGCUCCGGCUAGCUGGAGUGCCGGUAAGACCUACCAGAGCAAGGCUAAUUUCUACUGAUUUAGAUCAUUUUCAACUCCGACAAAACCGGUUAUUUGAACUUUACGGUUUUGCUACUUGUUCUUGAGGCUGAUCGAUCGAGAGGUUGAUGUUUUUUCUAAUUAAUAACUCCCUUUGAUUAUAUGGUAGUCAUUAAUUCUUGUAUAUCCAUCACUGGUUGAGGAAAAAUUGUUGGUUUUUGUUUUUGUGAGUUAAGUUAUUUAAUUUUGUUUGUUCUUUUCAUUUUUA